ACUCAACAAAACCCCUCUUCAUCACGGAGCCAGUUAUUUUGGCGGCAAAAAAGCCUUGGAUAUCCACGCUCUUCUCUCACGGGUUCUGCUCUUCGCUGCAUACUCGGCAUUUUGCUCGUGCUGAAAUUCGCCAUAAUUUGCGCAUUCUUCGCUAAUAGAACAGUUUGCCUGCGGGCUUGAGAAUCACCUGUAAUUAGGGUUUUGCCGCCAUGGAAGUCGGAACCGAGAAGUCGGCGGUCAUCAGGCCCAUAAACAAAUCCGUCGUCCACCGAAUCUGCGCCGGACAAGUGAUAUUAGACCUCUCCUCCGCCGUGAAGGAGCUCGUUGAGAACAGCCUCGACGCCGGCUCCACCAGCGUCGAGAUUGCGCUGAAAGACUACGGCCUCGACUCCAUACAAGUCAUCGACAACGGCGCUGGAAUUACCUCGCAGAAUUUCAAAUCCCUGGCACUAAAGCACCAUACAUCCAAGCUCUUGGAUUUUCCAGACCUCCAGUCAUUAACGACCUUCGGAUUUAGAGGAGAGGCAUUGAGUUCACUUUGUUCAUUAGGGGAGUUGACUGUGGAGACACGGACAAUGGAUGAUGUUGUUGCUACACACCUGACAUUUGAUCACAUGGGUGUUCUGAUAGCUGAGAGGAAAAGUGCUCGUCAAGUAGGUACGACGGUUACUGUCAAGAAGUUGUUCUCCAAUCUUCCUGUGAGGAGCAAAGAAUUCCAUAGAAAUAUUCGGAAGGAAUAUGGCAAAUUAAUCAGCUUGUUAAACGCCUAUGCUGUAAUUGCUAAAGGAGUUAGAAUUGUUUGCACCAAUACCACUGGGAAAAAUGCAAGGUCUGUAGUGCUGAAGACACAGGGUAAUGGGUCCCUAAAAGAGAAUAUCAUUAUGGUGUUUGGCACAAGUACUUUUUCUUGUUUACAGCCCCUCGCACUUAACAUAUCUGAUAGUUGCAUGGUUGAAGGGUUUGUUUCCAAACCUGGAUAUGGAAGCGGCCGGAAUAUAGGGGAUCGGCAGUUCUUCUUUGUUAAUGGUCGUCCAGUUGAUAUGCCCAAAGUUGGCAAGCUUGUUAAUGAGUUAUAUAGAGGUGCUAAUUCUAGACAAUAUCCUAUUGUCAUUAUGAACUUUUCUGUCCCAACAGUAGCAUAUGAUGUAAAUGUUACUCCUGAUAAAAGGAAAAUAUUUUUCUCUGAUGAAACUUCCAUAUUGAAAUCCUUAAGAGAUGCUCUGGAGAAGGUAUAUUCCUCCAAUGAGGCAAGUUAUUCAGUUAACAGAGUGGACGAACUUAAUGAGAGUGACCAUGGAAUUAAUGUUCAGUUUAUGCAUGAGGGAUCACAAACACCUUCAAAGCAAUUAUUGCCUGACAGAGGUAUGGUUCCUGAGGAAAGAGAAGAUAAAUUAUACACGAAAAGUGAUGGUAUCCCACCAACUGUUACAGACAAUCUGAGAGAAUUGUCCAGCGAGAAAAUGAAACAGACUAGUGGAGGGCUACCGCUCAGAGUACACAGUAAUCAGAAGAUCAACUUAUCUGUAACACCUGAUAAGCAAAUUACUGACAGAAUAGACAAACAUACUUAUCUGCCAUCUACAUUGACCAAGAAAGGUAGUCCUUGCAGUGAAAAGUUGCUUGGGUGCUCAAGUACUGUACAGAUGUCACUCAACAAAUUUGUAACUGUAAAUAAGAGGAAACAUGAAAGUGUUGAAACUGCACUAUCUGAAGUCCCACUUCUUAGAAGUGAACCUGGUGCGGCUAGACUUAGAUUGAGCAGCUCUUUGAAGCGCACUCCAUCUCCAAGCUCUCCAGGGAAUGUUAUUGAUACUGAUGACUCCAAUAAUAUUGAUGAGACUAGGAUGAUCAAAAUUUCAAGUACCAAUAGCGUCUAUAAUGAAUCAGAUGACAGCAUUCUACUUCCUUGUGGGGGCAGAAACCGAAGUGUAGUCAGGAAUGAUGGUGAUACAAGUGUUCUGUUAGCUUGUGCUGAGAAGAAGCAAAAUAAAGCUAGUGAGAGAGUCUGCGUGCACUGCUCUCAAACUAAACAUGUCAUGGUGAAUUUAUUGAAGAACUUGGGUCCUUUUCUAGAGCAGAAAGUUCAAGUUAGAGAUCUGGAUGAUAAUUCUGUACUAGCUGCUUCAGUUAGUGCAAAUGCUCAACGUGUACCUCAUGACCUUCCAGAUGUAUGCACUCCAUUACAAUCUUCUGGUCCACCAACAGAUGCUCCAGUGGUUUGUUCUGGCUCAAAGGUCGGUUUCACAUUGCAGUUUAGCUUGGAAGAUUUGAUGUCAAGGAGGAAGAAGAGGCUGUCAAGACUCAAAUAUGUCAGCCAUACGUCAGGAAGUAUAAAGUUACAAGGGUAUAUAGGAAGUUCAUCCAUGGGUUUUGAUGCAGCUACACUGGAGCUUGCAGAAGGAGUAAAUGAGGAGGGAAAGGCCAAAGCCUUAGCUGCUGCUACCAGUGAGCUGGAAAGACUAUUUAAGAAAGAAGACUUUAAACAAAUGAAGGUGAUUGGACAGUUUAACUGCGGGUUUAUUAUUGGAAAAACAGCUCAGGACCUUUUCAUUGUGGAUCAGCAUGCUGCAGAUGAAAAAUACAACUAUGAGCGUCUGUCUCAAACAACCAUUUUGAAUCAACAACCUUUACUCAGGCCCUUGAGAAUAGAGUUAGCUCCUGAAGAAGAGAUAGUCAUCUCCAUGUACAUGGAUAUCUUCAGGUAUAAUGCAUACAGUAUUGGAAGCUGGGGUCACACUUUGCACUUUGCAUGUUUAGCAGUUAAGAGAUGUUUACGGAAAAAUGGCUUUAUACUGGAGGAGGAUGAUCAGGCUCCUUGUGGACAUCGUUUCGUACUGAAAGCGGUUCCUUUCAGCAAAAAUAUAACUUUUGGGGUUGAAGAUAUCAGGGAUCUUAUUUCUCUCCUCUCUGAUAGUCAUGGAGAAUGCUCCAUGAUUGGCAGUUACCGAUCAGACAGUGCUGAUUCAGUUUGCCCACCCAGAGUACGUGCAAUGCUAGCUUCACGUGCUUGCAGGUCAUCUGUUAUGAUAGGAGAUUCAUUGGGGAGGACCGAAAUGCAGAAGAUCCUAGUACAUCUGGCGUCCCUCAAAUCUCCUUGGAACUGUCCACACGGCAGACCAACAAUGCGCCACUUGGUCGACCUAAGAAGUGUACGGAGAAGAACAGAUGAUGAAGAGAUGCAGUCGUGA